AAAUGAAAAAAUGUCGGAUAUAGCAUCAAAUUUUAGAAUAAGUUUUGUUGUAAAUGGUCAGCUUUGGCACGAAUUACGGCCUUCAAACGGCCAAUGGAACCGUCACACGCUGCCCAAAUGUUGCUCUGCGGUAUUUUGGCCCAUUCCCUGCCAAGCUUGCUUGAGGUGAUGGACAAUGUGGGAUUUUUUAGUGCCAACCUUGCUUUCCAAAAUACUCCAGACACAAUAGUCCAACGGAUUGGUAUCCGGAGAUUUUUGUGGCCAUUGUGUGCUGGAAAUGAAGCGAGGAACCUCAUUUUGUAAUCAUUCUUGGGUGGCGUAUGCUGAGUGCGAUGGUGCUUAGUAUUGUUGAAAUGUCCAAACUGCUGGACAGGAAUGUUUUCUCAUCGGAGAAAACCAUAUUCGGCAGUUCACCGCCUUCGUCCAAGCGAAGCAACUCUUAGCUCUUUUGAGUAUAUUUUCUUUCUGUUGCGGUGUAAGUUCUUGUACUUUUUAGAAUUUCAAUGGCUUUACCCCGAGCUCAUUUUUCAAUAUUUGCGGAAUGACGGCCACUGCGACCAAGUCGCUUCUUUACUUUUCAAACCAUUUCUUCUGAUGUUGCUGUUAUCUUCCGUCCACUUCCUUGACGUCGGGCUACGCUACCAGCAUCACAGUAACGAGCGAUGGUACGAGACACAAAAGAUUUAUUCCCAUUUAAAUGCUGGAGUGCUCUAACGAUAGCCACUUGUGUUUUUCCAGCCUUAGAAAUGACAGCAGUCUGAAGUUGAUUGAAGUUUUUUUCAUCUCACCCUGUAUAUGCGUAAAUUUGACAAAAUAGGACAAAUUAGAAUUGACCGCUAAAAUCAAAAUACAUCUACAAAUUUACUAUCGUUUUUCCAAGUGUAGUUUUAUAUACUGUUAUACUAGCUGAAAACUGUGCCGAACGCUUCUUAUCUAUUGUUAUCGGAACUGCGUUGCUCACAUAAAAUACUAGACCACCAACUAGUUUUUUUCAUUUGUCGUUGUGGAGGCAAGCGAAGUGUUAUUCUACGUAAAUUAUAGAAUUUUAUUAUUCAAAUAAGAAAAUGGAUUUAAAAGAUAAGAACAUAAUAUACAUCGGAGGAUUUGGUGGCAUUGGCCAAAAGUGCAUAGAAGAGUUUCUAAAAAAGGGCAUUAAAGGCCUCUUUGUAUUCGAUUUGAAGGAGAACACAAAAGUUUUGGGAUAUUGGCAAGAAACAUACACGUCGUGCGAUAUUAGUUUUGUAACAGUCGAUGUGACCAAAACCGAGACAAUCGAAACAGCCUACAAGAAGGCUAGUGAUAAGAUGGGUUGUAUCGACGUUGUUGUGAAUGGAUGUGGUCUCAUGAAUGAUCGACAUCUAGACCUGACCAUCGAUAUUAAUUUGCGUGGUGUCCUGCACAGCUGUAUGAUUGCUUUGGGCUACAUGGAUAAGUCGAAAGGUGGUCGUGGUGGUGUGAUUGUUAAUAUUUCCUCAGUUGCGGGAAUACAGACGAGUGGAAUGUUUGCCAUAUAUUCUGCGGCUAAGCACGGUGUAACCGCUUUCAGCAGAGCAAUGACGAAUCCUUUAUAUUACAUGCAUACUGGUGUGAACUUCAUUACCAUUUGUCCGGGUCUGACUGAAACUGCCCUGCUGGACAAUGUGAAGGACAAGACUACACUUUUGGAGUACGGCCAGCCGAUGGCCGAAAGGUUUCUAAAAAUUAAAACACAACCUGCUAAUGUUUGUGCCGAAAAUAUAGUUAAGGCUGUCAAAAUAAAUAAAAUUGGAUCGGUUUGGCUUUUAGAUGUGGGCACAAUGUCGGAAGUGCAGAUGCCAACGCUAUGGGAACCAGAAAUGAGACCGCAAAUGGAGUUAAAAGGUAAAAAUGUGGUCUACAUCGGUGGAUACGGAGGCAUUGGCCAAAAAUGUUUGCAAUCUUUUCUGCGAAGGGAAAUCAAGCAUUUGGUGAUCUGUGACCUUUGUGAUAACCAGGAAUUCCGCACGAAUCUUGCCAGGCAAUUUCAAGAAACUCAAAUAACCUACAUACCAAUUGAUGUCACCAAGCGUCCAACAAUUGAAAAAGCCUUUCAAUUGGCAGCUGACACCCUGAAAAGACUUGAUGUGGUCGUCAACGGCUGUGGCUUGAUGAACGACCGUUUUAUAGAUCUGACAAUGGCUAUCAAUUUGACUGGGGUAAUUCAUAGUUCUUUGAUAGCCUUGGAACACAUGGACAAAUCGAAGGGCGGCAACGGCGGAAUGAUUGUCAAUAUUUCAUCGGUAGCUGGUCUAGAGCCAAGUGGUAUGUUUGCCAUUUACUCGGCAUCAAAAUGUGGUUUGACGGCUUUUACACGGGCAAUAGCGAAUCCGCUAUAUUUUGCCAAUACUGGCGUUAGUUUUGUGACAAUUUGUCCGGGCUUUACAGACACGGCACUUUUAGAGUCGAUAAGAGGCAAAGAGACCCUAACCGAAUAUUCGGCACCCAUGGCCGAGCGUUUUACUCUUGCCAUACGACAGAGUCCAGAAAAAUGUGCUGAAAAUUUAAUAAAUGUUUUGGAGGUAGCCAAAAACGGAUCGGUGUGGAUGUUGGACUUGGGCCAAAUUAAGGAAAUGCACUUGGAAGUUUUGUGGCGGCCAGCAAUGAAUGUUUAAAUAAUUAAAAUAGAUUUUUCGUAUUUUUUCGUAUGAAAAAAAAUUUGAAUAAUUUAUAUAAAUCAAAUCAUUUUUAUUAAACUUGGAUAUUCUUGAAUAAUUCGAACAAAAUGGCCAUUGACACUUUCGGUUAUGUGAAUUUGAUUGAGACAAUAAUUGAACAAAUAUUGAAAUAGAGAUUGGAUUAUUUCAGUAGUAA